UCCCAUAAUGCCUCGCGAGGAAGAUGCACUUCCUCUUCCGGAGGCCCUCCGCCGGCUCCCGCCGACGUGGUCUUCCGGUGGCGGUUCGGCGGAUCCCUGGUACCUGGCAAAAUGGAGCUCGAGGCCAUGAGCAGAUACACCAGCCCGGUGAACCCCGCCGUCUUCCCGCACUUGACGGUGGUGCUCCUGGCUAUCGGCAUGUUCUUCACCGCCUGGUUCUUCGUCUAUGAGGUCACCUCCACCAAGUACACGCGGGACAUCUACAAAGAGCUGCUCAUCUCCCUCGUUGCCUCUCUCUUCAUGGGCUUUGGGGUCCUCUUCCUGCUGCUCUGGGUCGGCAUCUACGUCUGAGCCCCCACAGGUUCCAGCCAGCCGGCUUCCCCGGUCCCUGCUUUUGUAAAUUGAUUUUUCUACUAUGACCAGAAACGGCCCACCUGCUUCUCACAAUAAAGGCAGAUGUGUGACCGCCCA